CGCUCCUCACCCCUGCACCUCUUCCCUUGGGUCCUCCUCGCCCAGACCGGCUCGGAGCUAGCGCCCGGGCCGUGGCCACGAAGGACUACAACUCCCGAGACGCCGCGCGCGCCGCCGCCCCCCAGCCGCGGAGGGCCGGCGCUGUCUGCAUGUGCGCGCGGCGGGCGGCCGGAUGGCUCUACGCGGCUGGAUCGCAGCGGCUCGCGCGGCCGCGGGGUUCCGGGGCCGCUGCCUCGCGAGGGGCUACGCGGCGGGCAGUGUUCAGAGCCCGCCCACCUUCGGCUUCCUGCUGGACAUCGACGGGGUGCUGGUGCGCGGCCACAGGGUGAUCCCCGCCGCCCUGGAAGCCUUCCGCAGGCUGCUGGACGCGCGGGGGCAGCUGCGCGUGCCCGUGGUCUUCGUCACCAACGCCGGGAACAUCCAAACGCACAGCAAAGCCCGGGAGCUGUCGGCCCUCCUGGGCUUCAAGGUGAGGCGGGAACCCCACUCCAGCUCCCACGAUGCCUCCUUCCUGUGCCUCGGGGAAGGUCACGGCCAGGUGGAGCCAGACCAAGUUAUCCUCUCUCACAGCCCCAUGAAGCUCUUCUCCCAGUUCCACGAGAAGCGGAUGCUGGUGUCUGGGCAGGGACCCCUGGUGGAAAAUGCCCGAGUACUGGGCUUCCGCAACGUGGUUACUGUGGACGAGCUGCGGACGGCCUUCCCCAUGCUCGACAUGGUGGAUCUGGAGCGGCGGCCCAAGACCACGCCCCUUCUGAGGAGUGACUUCCCAGCCAUUGAAGGGGUGCUCCUUCUUGGGGAGCCGGUGCGCUGGGAGACAAGCCUGCAGCUGAUCGUGGACGUCCUGCUCAGCAAUGGGAACCCUGGGACUGGCCUGGUGACAGCUCCCUACCCCCACCUCCCUGUCCUGGCCAGCAAUAUGGAUCUCCUUUGGAUGGCUGAAGCCAAGAUGCCCAGGUUUGGCCACGGCACCUUUCUCCUGUGCCUGGAGACCAUUUACCGGAAGUUGACGGGCAGAGAACUGCGAUACGAGGGCCUGAUGGGCAAACCCAGCAUCCUCACUUACCGGUACGCAGAGGACCUGAUCAAGCAGCAGGCGGAGAAGCGGGGCUGGGCUGCCCCCAUCCAGAAACUCUACGCUGUAGGUGACAACCCCAUGUCUGAUGUCUACGGUGCCAACCUGUUCCACAAGUACCUGCAGCAGGCGAAGCAUGACGGGGCAGAGGAGCUGGGGGCUCAAGGCCCGGGGAAACAGCAGCCCCUGGCACCCCAGAGCUGUGCCUCCAUUCUGGUGUGCACCGGCGUGUACAGUCCCAGGGACCCGGAGCCCGCAGAGCCCGCCCAGGGGGCAGGCGACCCUCCGUUCCACGGGCACCGGGACUUCAGCUUCAGUCCGGGGCUCCUGGAGGCGUCCCACGUGGUGAAUGAUGUGAACGAGGCCGUGCAGCUGGUUUUCCGGGAGGAAGGCUGGGCUUUGUAGCGAGGGCUGUGCAGUAGAGGCUACGGGGAGGGAGGGAGCCAGGAGCUGGCAGUGGACCCCUUGCCACCUCUGCCUGCUGGUCACUCGAAAGAAGAGAAAUGGCUUUUUCCUUGGCUGGGCAGAAGCCACAGAAACGUACCCUGAGUAGCAUUUUAGGUGUAACUCUCAGGGUUUCUGGACCCAGUGCCCAUUCUGCCUCAGCUGGCAGUCUGACCUCAGGCCAGUCCCUUCCUCUGUGCCUCAGUUUCCUUCCCAUUCUGGGAGGGACUUGUGACAGGAGGGGAGGUGGUGCGUACUCCUGUGGAAACCUCUCCAGGGCUCUCGCCAUCACGGAAGGAAUCCCCCAGGCCAGCAAGGUGUGUAGCUCACGCUCAGGUACUACUUUUUACUGUGAUUUAGUAUCUUGCCCAGGACUUUGGGGUUUAUUUUUUAAAAUUAAAAUAAUCAUAAUAAAUAUUAAUUAUGCUACC